GGCCCCCGCGUCUCCGUGGCAACAGGGGUGACCUCACUCCCCCACUCGGUUUACCGCCCGGGUGAGGUCAUCGGCUGUUGCCAUGGAAACAAGGGGGGAGUAAGAGGAGAGGGUUUGGCGGGCCUGGAGAAGAGGCGGGGGGAGGAUGAAUGGGAGCGGGCGGCGAUUGGCGCGGUCUUGGGCGCGGGGUCGGACGCGGGCGGACUUGGGCCCCAGCGCAGCGGACUCGGGCCGGGAGGUGGCGGCGGCUGCGGCGGGGGUGCGGGCAGCCGGCUGCAGGCCGAGAUGCUGCAGAUGGACCUGAUCGACGCGGCUGGGGACACGCCCGGAGCCGAGGAGGAGGAGGAUGACGACGAGGACGAGGACGAGGACGAGGACGAAGAGCGGCGGGGGCGGCCCCGGGGCCCGGGGCAGCAGCCGCAGCAGCAACAGCCGCCACCACCACCGCAGCCGCAGCCCCCGCAGCAGCAGCAGCAGCAGCCCCAACAGCGCGGUCCCGGGGGCGGCGGGGGCCCUGCGCCGGAGUCAGGCCAGGACACGGCGCAGCGAGGCCUUGGCGGGGACACUUACCGGCCCAAGCGACCCACCACACUCAACCUCUUUCCGCAGGUGCCGCGGACACAGGACACCCUAAAUAACAACUCUCUGGGCAAAAAGCACAGCUGGCAGGAGCGAGUGUCCAGGUCCUCUUCCCCGCUGAAGACAGGCGAGCAGACCCCUCCGCAUGAGCACGUGUGCCUAAGUGACGAGCUCCCCCCGCAGAACAGUCCGGCCCCCACCAAGGACCGGGGCACCUCCACCGAUAGCCCCUGCCGCCGAAGCGCCGCCACGCAGAUGGCGCCGCCGGGCAGCGGUCCCCCAGCCUCUCGGGGCUCGGACAAGGCCCCGGCUCCAGCCGGAGGCCGGGCCCACCCGCACCGGGACCGGAUUCACUACCAGACCGACGUGCGGCUAGAAGCCACCGAAGAGAUCUACUUGACCCCGGUGCAGCGGCCCCCCGACCCCCCGGAGGCCCCUGCGGCCUUCCUCCCCCCGGCCGAGAGCCGCAUGUCGGUCAGCUCGGACCCUGACCCCAGCAGCUACCCGGCGGCCCCCGGCCGGCCCCACCCCUCCAUCAGCGAGGAGGAGGAAGAAGAGGAAGAGGAGGAGAGGGGGGGCUGUGACUGCCUGUCAUCCCCUGAGAGGGGGGAGCCCCCCGGGGGCGGGGGCGGGGGCUGGGCGGCCAGCCGCGGGGAGCUGCCCCGGGCCUCGCUGAGCUCGGACACCAGCGCGCUGUCCUACGACUCGGUCAAGUACACGCUGGUGGUGGACGAGCACGCGCAGUUGGAGCUGGUGAGCCUUCGCCAGUGCUACUCCGGCUACAGCGACGACAGCGACUCGGCCACCGUCUACGACAACUGCGUCUCGUCCCCCUACGAGUCGGCCAUCGGCGAAGAGUACGAGGAGGCCGCCCGCCCGCGGCCCGCCGCCGUCUGCCUCUCGGACGACUCCACGCCCGACGGCCCGGACGUGCACUUCUCCAAGAAGUUCCUCAACGUCUUCAUGAGCGGCCGCUCCCGCUCCUCCAGCGCAGAGUCCUUCGGGCUGUUCUCUUGCACCAUCAACGGGGAGGAGCAGGAGCAGACGCAUCGGGCCGUGUUCAGGUUUGUGCCCCGGCACGAGGACGAGCUGGAGCUGGAGGUGGACGACCCGCUGCUGGUGGAGCUGCAGGCGGACGACUACUGGUACGAGGCGUACAACAUGCGCACGGGCGCCCGAGGAGCCUUCCCUGCCUACUACGCCAUCGAGGUCACCAAGGAGCCCGAGACCGUGGCAGCCCUGGCCAAAAACAGCGACUGGGUGGACGAGUUCCGGGUGAAGUUCCUGGGUUCGGUCCAGGUCCCGUACCACAAGGGCAACGAUGUUCUCUGCGCUGCUAUGCAAAAGAUUGCCACCACCCGCCGGCUCACGGUGCACUUUAACCCGCCCUCCAGCUGUGUCCUUGAGAUCAAUGUUCGGGGAGUAAAGAUCGUGGUCAAGGCCGAAGACUCCCAGGAGCACAAGGUGAUGCCCCCAGCCCAUGAGGGGAGGCUCCUGGCAUCCCGCCUGGGGCCUUUUAUGAAGUAGCCUCAAGGGAGAGGGCAAAACCC